GCUCGGCCAUCCCGGGGUCCCGCUCCCUGCUGCCCACCCGGCCCCGACCACAUGCCACGCACCCGCGGGGACAAGGGGACCCCCAAGGAUACGGAGCCCCCGCAGAAGGAGAAAGGGGGGGGCGAGGCGGGGGAGAAACCCCCCAAAGCCCUCGAGGAGCCCCUGGCCCACAAGAAUUCCGGCUCCGAGUCUCGGCACGGCAGCCAUGGGCAGAAGAGCGGCAAGAAGGGCUCCGGGGACCCCCACGCCACGGCUACCAAGACCUACUCCCCCUUCCUCAACACCGUCUUCGGCAAGGAGCGGGAGCUGUCGCCGGAGGAGCUGGAUGAGCUGCUGGACGCCUUCAAGGAGUUUGACACGGACCAGGAUGGGUACAUCAGCUACAAGGACCUGGGCGAGUGCAUGCGCACGCUGGGGUACAUGCCCACUGAAAUGGAGCUCAUUGAGAUCUCCCAGCACAUCAAGAUGAGGAUGGGCGGGCGUGUGGACUUCGAGGACUUUGUGCAGAUGAUGGGGCCGAAGCUGCGGGAGGAGACAGCGCACAUGGUGGGCGUGAGGGAGCUCAAGAUCGCCUUCCGGGAGUUUGACAUGAAUGGAGACGGGGAGAUCAGCACGGCCGAGAUGCGCGAGGCCAUCGCGGCCCUGCUUGGGGAGCAGCUCAAGGCGCAGGAGGUGGACGAGAUCCUGCAAGACGUGGACCUCAACGGGGAUGGGCAUGUGGACUUCGAUGAGUUCGUCAUGAUGUUGUCAUCCCGAUAACAGGGCCUCCAGGCAGAAGGAGACCCCCCAGAUCCUCAUCAGCUGCCCUCUGCCUGACCUCUCUGCCACCAUUAGGGCUCAGAGCGAACAGCUGGAGCGAAGGAGCUGGGAACAGGGCUCUUGUGAGACCCUCGGCCACAGGAGGCCCCUCAGGG